AAAGGAAUCUAGAUUUGGCCUUUCCUUGUAUCAAAGGAAUCUAGAUUUGGCUACAUAUCAAAGUAUCCAUGUGUGUUUCUUGACUUAUGUUGCAAAUACCAAGGCAACUUCACCCCCACCAAUUAUUCAUAAGAUUGCUACGACAGCGUUUUAACCUUGUAAAAUUUUCCUUGGCAACAUUCAUUUCUCUACUUUAAAACGUAUAGAUGAGCUUCAGUCAGUCUGAGAGAGCUCAGUAGUAAAUGGUAAAGAACAUGGCAAGAGACUCAGACUAUGGAGCUUUCAUGGAGAAGUUCCUUCUACAACCAAGCCCUUCACUUCAUCAGCUUCCCUUACAUGGCCUCACCUUUGCUUUUAAAGACAUAUUUGAUGUAGAUGGAUAUGUUACUGGGUUUGGUAAUCCUGACUGGGCAAGGACUCAUCCGGCUGCCACAUCAACAGCCCCGGCUAUUUUGGCUGUCUUAAGGGGAGGUGCCACGUGUGUUGGUAAAACUGUCACGGCUGAACUGGCAUACAGUAUUAAUGGAGAAAACAAACAUUAUGGCACACCUACAAAUCCAUGUGUGCCUGAUCGGGUACCUGGAGGCUCUUCUAGUGGAUCUGCUGUAGCAGUAGGUGCAAAGCUUGUUGAUUUUGCAUUAGGAACUGACACUGGAGGAAGUGUAAGAGUACCUGCAUCAUACUGUGGAAUUCUUGGGUUCCGGCCUUCACAUGAUGUCAUUUCUACUGCUGGAGUUAUUCCUUUGGUGCAAAGUUUUGAUACUGUGGGAUGGUUUGCUAGGGACCCUGUAAUUUUUAAUAGAGUUGGACGAGUGCUUCUACAAUUACCUGAUGUGGAUCUUGUCAGACCCAGUCGGAUAAUUAUUGCAGAAGAUUGUUUCCAGCUUUCAGACAUUCCAAAGGAUCGAGUUAUUCAACCUCUCGUCAAAUCAGUGGACAAGUUAUUUGGGAGUCAUCUUGUAUCGCCUGCAAUCCUUGAGGACUAUGUCAAGGACAAAGUUCCAAGUUUGAAACAAUUCUUCAAUAAAGGAAAUGCAGAUCAAGAGUCUCAUAUACCAUCUUUGGAAGCCCUUUCAAGUGCCAUGCGAUUGAUUAUAGGGCAUGAGUUCAAGAACAACCAUGGUGAAUGGAUCAAUACUGUCAAACCUGAUUUGGGUCCUGGGAUAUCAGAACGGGUAUGGGAAGCCCUUAUGACAACAGAUGAAAAUUUGGAUAUUUGUCACUCUGUGAAGAGCGAAGCCCGUGCAGCUCUUAUUGAUCUUAUUGGGGAUUUUGGUGUCCUAGCAAUUCCCACAGUUCUGGGGCCUCCAUCAAAGUUACAAACAGAUCCAACUAUAUCAGAAAAUUUUUGUGACAGGACAUUCAGCUUACUGUUGAUUGCAUCUGCAUCUGGAUUUUGUCAGGUUAGCAUACCACUAGGGUUGUAUGAUAAUCUUCCUGUCUCAAUUUCCUUGUUGGCGACACAUGGUUCAGAUGGGUUCCUGCUCAAUCUUGUUGAGACUCUGUAUGACACUCUCAAAGAAGAGGUUGGCAUUGUUGAGAAAAUGGGUUCCUGAAUUUUGUCUCUUCCUAAUGUUCUUUUUCUUACAUGCCAAAUAGGCUCUUUCUCUUUCUUCUGGAAACAAAUGAUACUCGAAGUGGCUCUGAAAUGUUUCUUAUAACUACUUCAUUAUCAUUUUAUUUCAUUAAAUAAUGCAAAUCCAUUUCCACUUGAAUGCCUUAA